GCUCCUGUCAAAAAUAGCAUUUGGUCAAGUCCUUAUAUAAGAUAUGGUCUCCCACUAGGUUUGCUAGCUACAGCAGGAGCAGUUAUGAUGUUGAAAAGAAAUAAAGCAAAUGUUGUAAAUAAUACUGAAGUAGCUGAAGUUAAACAAACUCCAACACCUUCGCCAAAACCAACGCCUUCACAAGCAAAACCUUCAAUGACUCCUGAACCUAUGGAAGUACAAACUCCUGUUCAAAAGUCAACUCCUAAACCGACUCCAACAUUUAAACCAGAACCUACUCCUCAAAUAAAUCGUAAAACUCCUGCGUUUCCUUACUGA